AUGGCCAAGUUCAAACAUACUUCUUGGGAGGUUAUGAUCAAUGAGGAGAGAAAUCUGGCUGUGAACAAGUGGCUCAGCCUGGUCAUGGUCGAGCCCUUGACCUUCUGCGUAGCUAGGAACUUCUAUGCCGGUAAGGCGUCGGGGAUCUCUUCGGGGUCGCUUGCGGAUAGCAUUUCAGAUUGCCUUGCUGCCAAGGCCACUUCGACGAUUAACGCCAGGGCAAACUGCUUGUUGCGUUUUGUUUCUUGGGCGAAAGGAAACAUGCCGUUCGUUUUCCCCUUGACAGAGCACGCUGUCUAUGCAUACUUCGAGGAGAAGAAGGCAACUGCAGCGGCGACCUCGUUCAGGAGCCUUCUUUCAUCUGUGGCGUUCGCACAGCAUGUUGUAGGCUUGGAAGGGUGUGAUAAGGUUUACGCCUCGGGUCGCAUCCGCGGCCUUGCAUCGAAGCUGUACAUGCAAAAGAGGAAGCUCAAGCAGCGCAAUCCUCUGAGGGUCUCUGAUGUCAUUCUUCUUGAAAGGAUUUGUUGCAAACUUGAGGACAGGUCGCUACAGGACCGGGUCGCUUCGGGUUUCUUUCUUUUCUUGAUUUAUGCAAGAGCUAGAUACAGUGACGGGCAAAAUGUAGCAUCGCUGACUGAUCCGCCGCUCUACUUGGAGUGCAGUGUGGGCAGGUCCAAGACGAGUUUCACUUUGGAACGCAAGACCAGGUACUUGCCAAUGGCUGCCAGGAAAGUGGGCAUCAAGUGUGCAUGGGCCGAUGCGUGGCUUGAGGCUUUGGCGGAGGCGGGUCUUGCGAUCAAGCCGAACGACCCGUUGCUCCCCUGCCCUUCUUCGAAUGGUUCGUGGAAGAUGAUCCCGCUUCCGUGCGAUCAGGCUUGCUCGUGGCUCAGGAGCCUGCUGGGGAACGCUCAGAGCGAUCCCUACCUUGCAAAUGUUGGUACACAUAGCCUUAAGAGAACUUUGCUGAGCUGGGCAAGCAAGCGUGGUCUGCCCAGAGAACAGAGGGCCCUCUUGGGGUAUCAUACGUCCCGAGCCUCGGGUGCGGGAUCAGAGCUGAUCUAUGAGUCCGACGCCCAGUCGGCUCCGCUCAGGGCUUUGUCAUCUAUGAUCGACGAGGUGUCGUCCGGGGCCUUCAAGCCCGACAAACCAAGGGGGCAGCAGCUUGCUUCCGAGCUGUCGGCGCAUGCCGAUCCCCCUGGCGACGAGAUCGAGUCGUCAGACUCUGAGGGCUCCGAGGACGAGGAGGAGAUCGACCACUCAGGGGACGAAGCUUGUGUUGCCGAGGCUUUGGACUGGCAUGGGAAGGUCGACCUUGACAAGAUUGAUCCCUCGUGUGUUUUCUUUCGGCAUCGCCAAUCCAGGGUAGUGCACAUCACUGCCGACGAAGCGGGUGCCAACCUAGGCUGCGGUAGGACCAUUUCGGGUCAGUACAGGAAGCUGGAGGUCGGUUUGGCAUCUGCGGAUGUCGAAAAACUCGAGAAGGUGGGUGUGGAUUCACUCGCAAAGGUCGCUUUCAUGACGAGCUACACGCCGGGCUCUGGCGAUGACAAGGACCUCAUUGCGGCGUUCGAGUCGGCCCUCGGGACGCCGCCCUCUGUAGGGCAGAAAAGCUCCUUCCGAAGGUUAUUUCAUGAAGCAUAUGCUGUUACCACUUCGGAAAUGAAGAUGCUUGUGGAGCGGACGGAUGAAUCCAUCCCAAGAAAAUUGAGCGUCCCGGAGAGAUCUGAGAGGUUCGAGGUAGUGAGCAAACGCCUUGUGGGCCUUUCGAUCAAGAACCGUCUUGAGCCUGCUGAUAGCCUCGUCGACUCCUUCGUAUCCCAGUAUGAACAGGACAAGCUGCAGUUUGUCCCGUGGGAGAAGCUUGUUUCCAAAGAGCAAGAGGCCCCAACAGGGGCAAAGCGAGAGCCUUUCUUCUCGCUGGACAGUACGGGCAAGCUCAGGUCGGAGACGAAGGUUGAGGUCCGUGCCGAUACUAGCACGGAGCUGCUCUUGCAGCUCGCGCUUCAAAGGCGCGGCAUCGCUAUGGAAAUGGCGAACAUCCUUGACUACCAUCGCCACCACAUGUGGGUUGAGCGCCUUCUUGCGGCGCGCCUCGACGCACCUCCGUCGACGCACAUGCAGCCCACGCUUGAUCAGUGUCAGCAGGCUGACAGGAAGCUUUGGCAGCUUCUCGGAGAAGCGACUCGCUCAGGCAUCCAGCUCAAAGCUGGGGGGCGUCCAUUGGACACCAUCUUCGAGGACACAUGGCAGUCACCAGAGGUGCUUCAUCUGCUUCAACCGAUGCCUCGGGCAGCAGGCGCUUCAGUCACGCAGCAGGUGGCACCGCCGCCGAGGCCGCACGGGCCGGGCCCGUAUGAUCGUCCGGGCAAAGGCCGAAAGGGCACAGGGAAGGGUGCCAAGGGCACCAAAGGAUCCGGGAAGGUUCCCGACUUCGUAUUGCGCCUGAACUCAGCUGUCAAGGAGCUUCUGCCUCAAGCUUCCUGGAAUGCAAUCUGCGUGGGCAGGAAUACUUUGUCAGAUUUCCACAGGGACUCAGGGAACCAAGCGGGUUCGCUGAACCACACUUUCACGCUUGGCACCUUCACUGGGGGCCAACUUUGGCUCGAAGAUGCGUCGGGCACUUCUCAAGCCACUGUCGCAGGUGAGAGGUGGGUCGUAACACUUUACACUCUUUCAGGUGGGCAACCCGCCACGCAUGAGAAACCGCUGUUUCUGGAAAUCUGUAGUGGGUCUGCUAUGCUGUCUUAUGUUGCCAAAGAGGCCGGAUACACAGCCGUGCCCAUCGACUGGCAUCACAACAAACAGCGGGCGUGUGUGCACACUUUACAGCUCGACUUGCGCCUGGCCAGCACUUGGUCUUUCUUGCGACGCAUUUGCUCCGAGUACGAUGUUGCUUGGGUGCACAUGGCUCCUCCAUGCGGCACCGCUAGCCGGGCUCGAGAGUGCGGUCCCGGCCCUAAGCCAUUGCGUUCAGUCCGUCAUGUGCGCGGCCUGCCCGGCCUCCCACCAGUGGAGCAGGCGAGAGUGGACAGUGCAAACACCAUUUAUGAUAGCAUGGCAGCCUUCUGUGACUGGCUGCUGCAUGCCAUGCCGCAUGUUCCCUUCUCCGUUGAAAACCCUCUUCACAGUUACCUGUGGCAGCUCCCGAGGUGGGCCGAGCUGGUCGCCAAGCACUCCUUCGUCACAUUCGACUCGUGCCGCCACGGGUCACAACGCAAGAAGGCCACAGCCCUCCUCACAAACUCGGAGCUUCUACACUGCCUUUCGGGACCAUGCCCGGGAUGCUCCUCGCACUUGCCGUGGGGUAAGCAGGGCAAUUCUUUUGCAACAGCUGAGGAGACGGGCUAUCCCAAACUUCUUUGCGAAAGGAUUGUCUCAUGCGUGGAUAAGUCAGCUGCAUCACGAGGGAUUGCGCCUGAACGCCUCGUUGCCUCCAGGGUUUCUGCUGCGCGUGCCGCAGGUCAGGUGCAACCUCGUGGCCGCAAGUUUCCGCCAAUCAUUUCUGAAUUUGCUUACACUAUGUCAGUCGCCAGUGCUGCAGCUCCCACUCUCAACUCCAAGCACUGCCUUUCGGCUUCUUGGCAAGGCGUCCCUGCAGGCGCCAAGCUCCUCCGGGAGUCAGUUGAAAGGGGAGGUUCGCGACUCCCAGAGGGGAACAAGUUCUACACUUUCGGCGUCUAUCGAUCCAUGCAAGCUUUCUUGAACGAGGCAAAGUUGGUUGUGCACCCCUUCGAUUCUGCCAAAUCACUUCCAGAUGAACUUUUGCGAGUCUUGUUUGACACUCUUACGAAGAGCCCAGUUGACACCAUGAAGCACCGCCUUUUGAAGCUACAACAGUGGCGAGCCCUCGCCAAGCAGCUUGAUCCCGACGAAGAGAAAAUCAGAUCGGCGAUGGACCCUUGUGUGCGGAAGGUCCUUGGUUGUAAGCGCAUCGCACUCAUGAAGAGGAUCGCCGCCGACUUGUCGUGGCCUGACACGACCCUCUUCGAUGACCUGGCUGCCGGCUUUAAGCUAACGGGGUACUUGGGGCGUACGGGGGUAUUCGCUAGCGAUGGUAAACCUGCCACGAUGGACCUUGACGAUUUCUGGGCAAGUGCUCCCCUCCGGAGGGAAACCCUGCUUGAAAAAGUCAGAGCCCAGAAGGACCAUGACUAUGCCGAAGAGCUCUGGAACAUGACGCUUGAGGAGUCUAACAGAUCCGGGAAGUGCUGGCUUGACGGCCCGAUCGACGUUGACUCUUUGGGGGACAACUUCCCUGACGGUUGGAACGCCUGCCGCCGUUUUGCAGUCUGGCAGGGCAAGUGGCGUGCGAUCGAUGACUUCUCGGAAGCCGCUGUGAACUCUUGUUUCGGAUGCUUUGAACGUGUUACUCUCAAGGCCCUCGAUGAGAUCUGCUGGCUGUGCAUGCAGGUUUGCCGUGCGGCAAAAUCUUCAGGAUCCCUCGAUCUUGAGCUCAGCACCGGUGAGAGACUCAAGGGACCCCUCCAUACGGCUUGGAAGGACCCUGACCGUGUCCGCCCUCACUGCAAAACUUACGAUCUUCAAGCUGCCUACAAGCAGCUCGCACUGCACCCUAGCGAGAGGCCGAAAUCCAUUAUCCUGCUCAGGGAGCCGGGCUCCCGCGCCGUCAAGGCCUUUGUGUGUAACACUCUUCCUUUCGGAGCUUCAGCCUCGGUCAUGCAGUUUAACAGGGUUGCAUUAUUCCUGCAGAGGGUUCUUUGGGAUUUGAGGGUGGCCGUAACUUGCUACUAUGACGAUUUCCCGACGAUGACCCCUUCGUUCUUGUCUGGCGGGACUGACAAUGCAGUUCAUGCCCUCAUGGACCUGUUUGGCUUCUCCUUGUCCGAGAAAGAAAAGCCGUUCUCGUGCACUGCAGAAACGCUGGGUGUCGUGCUGGAUACCUCCGAUCCUGACAUGGGCCGCAUCUUCGUAUCGAACAAGCCUGAACGAGCUGCCAUGCUUGAACAGUCCUUGGGCCGCAUCCUUGAAAAGGGCCAGGUAGACACGCGGGAGCUGCCAUCCCUUCUUGGAAAGCUUCGCUUCGCAGAUGCUCAGCUGCUUGGUCGCACAGGGCGAUUGGCCCUGGCCGACCUCAGGCUCUUCGGUGACAGAGGGGGUGUCUUGAACCUGACGGAUACUCAAUCGAAUGCCUUGGCUGUUCUGAGGGCAAGACUUCUUGCGAGCAGGCCGCGUGCCAUUGUGACGAGCCCUGCCUCGAACCCAGUCCUCAUCUUCACAGAUGGCGCAUGCGACCCUUGCGAGGGCGGCUUCAGUACUGGUGUCGGUGGGGUUCUCUUUGUCCCCGGCGAGGGUGUUGCUAGGGCUUUCGGUUGCAGGGUUCCUAGCAAGCUCGUCAAGGAAUGGGCCGAGGGUAGGAAACACAUUAUAGGGCAGGUCGAGCUUUACGCGGUCGUGCUCGCCAGGAUCCUGUGGUCGAGUUACAUUGAUGGCGAGCGAUGCAUAUUUUUCGUCGACCAUUCCGGCGUCUUGAGUGCUUGCAUCAACUCGAACUCGAUCGAUGCAUCUUGGAGGAGUCUCCUCCUUCACUUGGAGGCCGCCGAUGAAGCACGCCCGUGCCUGCCGUGGUUUCAUCGUGUACCGAGCCAGAGCAACAUCGCGGACCCGCCGUCCCGAGGCAGAUGGGAGGAGCUGGCAUUCCUUGGUCAUGUUACUCGUGACGUGCCGACUUGCUUUGUCACAGGUGCCACUCUUGAAGCAACGUAA